UUUCCCGUUCUCAAACAGGAUGCGGUUGAAAUAUGUUUUGAGAAAUCGUGACGGUGGUUGAAGGGAUUCGAUGAUGCCGCUGCCUAAAGAAAUUGAAUCUAUGAUGGAGCUUCCACUUUCGGUGUGGACUGGUACGAGUCCGCGAACAUUGUUUGACUGUUGCGCCGCGGAGAUCCGCGAAAAUCCCUACAUCGCGUGUCGUUUGGUCGACGGACAACUUUGCCUCCGUCACCCGCUUCCGCCGGAAGUUGCGGAAGAGUUACUGGCUGACGGGUGUGCCUGGGAAAUCAGUAAAUACGUCGCCUUUCUGGAACUUUUGAACGAGUGCCCGUCGAGUCAGCCGAACGGCGUCUUGCGACGGUUCGUUGCAGCAUUCCCCAAUAUCCCCGAGGCAGUCAUUAUAAAGGUUAUCAAGCGACACAAGUUGACACACUUGUGUCUCGACGGCUGCGUAGAUCUUUCACCCCGAGUCUACGAGGCGAUUUGUGAACAUGGUGACGAGCUGGUGUCGGUGAAUUUCGGGUCUGCGGCGGAAUCCGCGUUGCCCACCAAGUGCUGGUCCGCGUUGCCGCCGCCCGUGAGCGGUUCCAAAUGGCGGCGGCUCAUUUGGCGAAACUUUGAUACCUGCAUCGCGUCGGGGCGUCCCUACUCCGUACUCAUUGGAAAACUGACGGAGUUGCGGCAUCUGGAGCUCUCCAACUGUUCAUAUCCGGGACCUAUGAAAUUUUUAAGCAGCUUCACGAAUUUGACGACGUUGGUGCUGCACUCGGUGCGGCCAAACCGGUCUCAGGGUCUGAUUCUCUUGCCUAAGCCUGAAAUGUUUUCAGUGAUCUGCGGGCUGAAAAAUUUGAGAUUUUUGGAUAUAUCAGAGUCUCAAGAAACCGAAUACCCAAACCCCGACGAAACCCUGGCUGAACUAGUGGAAUCCUUGCCAAAAUUAGAAUGUUUGGACAUCUCGCACACGAAUCUUGCCGGAACGGGUCGAGCGCGGUGUAAACGGCUCGGUUCGGGACUCGUCACUGAUAUUGUGGGUCUACGUUCUCGAACCGAGCGACCGCUGAAGUUCCUGGGGCUUUACGGCACGUUGCACGAUGCCUGUCGGCGGCAUCAUAUCCCUGCCGAUAUUGUUUCCGGUGAUGCAAAUGAAGAGCAAGUACUGGCCGCGGGAGAGGCGUACAUUGAACGUCAGGAGUUGAUGAAGUACGUACUAAACGACAUCUUCAACAUGUUCCGAGUGGACACAGUAAGUGACGUGAAGCGCGUGCUGGACAUCAUUCUGAGAGCAAUGCACAAGUACCUCAAUGUCGAAUCUAUUCAGAUUUCCGGAAGUGCGUCGCUGUAUCAUAUUGUGAAACACUGGCCGAAAAAUAUGUACCCGACGGCAGUGACGCAAAGGAUAUUGAGAACCUUGGUGAACGGAAUGGUGGUUCAUCAAAAAAACGGGAAUAUGAUGCGAAAUGGUUGUUUAACUCUGUGGAACUUCGAGAUACCAAAGGAUGUGUUGUUUGACUAUGAGCGAAUAGUCACGGUGUUGUUGUCAGUUGUCGAUGAUGAGAACAGAAAGCAGCAAUCACGAAACAACUUCGUUCAUCGAAUGUGCGUUUUCUUGUUGAACGCAUUCGCGUGUCAAGUUGAAGGUUACCACAAAAAUCUGCUGGGAAAGCGUGGAGCUAUACGAGUUAUGUUGGAUUUGAUCCACGACCGAUUACAUGAAAAGAACUGCGAUGAUGUGAUGGAAAUGGCGUGGUCAUCUAUGUGGAACGUGACGGACGAAACCCCAGAGAAUUGUAGAGAAUUUCUGUCGCUCGGUGGAAUGCAAACUUUUCUGGAUUGCUGCCACGUUUUCGAGGGACGAGAGGAACUCCUUCGUAACAUGAUGGGGCUCCUGGGCAACGUGGCCGAGGUGAAAGAACUUCGACCCCAGCUGAUGAACCAAACUUUCAUCGGUCUCUUCGACGUGCUGCUUGACUCUCCGAGUGACGGGAUCGAAGUGAGUUACAAUGCAGCUGGUGUUUUGGCCCACAUUGCCUCUGAUGGAGAGGAAGCGUGGACGCUGCAAAACCCCGACCGAAGAGGCGUUUUGUCCAGACUCGUGCGUGCUGUGGAUCGAUGGGACCUGGAUAAACAGCGGAAUAUCAAUUACCGCUCAUUCGAGCCAAUUUUGAGACUGGUCAAGGUGCAGCAUACCGAGGAAGUGCGGUAUUGGGCGGUUUGGGCACUGGCCAAUUUGACCACUGUCUACCCUGGCAAAUAUUGUGGCCUGGUGCGUGAAGAAGGCGGUCUGGAGAUCCUUGCCGAGGUGAUUAAGCUGCCGACACGCUUGAAAGCCAUGCGGAGUUGGGCCCAUUGUGUGCUCCAUAAUUGCGCCACCACUCCUUACCCGUAUCCAUCGCAGCUGGAAGAAGAAGACUGAUUCUUGGUGCAGACGCGUGCCAAGUGGUCGCUCGUGAUCCAAACAAAUAAAAAUGAGACCCGUUGGAGGAAAAAAAGAGCCGCGAAUUACGUGAAACUCGGGGGCCGUGAUUUGACCUUGUUCCUUUUGUAUAUGUAAUCCAUGAGUCGUGAGUAGAAUACGUUCGCUUACAAUUAUCCUGUUACCAAAAUUUUGCAAGAAAAAAGAAAGAAAGUGUUUUUGAGUCGGAACGCGCCGGAAAUGUUUGCAAUGCUGAUGUAUCCACAAGUCAACAGAGUUUUUCUGUUGUAUUGCCGUUGUUGCCCGUGUAAAAUUUAACAAUCUACAAUCGUGGAAGCGACAUAAUUCAUAUGGUGUGUAUUUGUGAUGAUCGUGUUGCGAGUUUGUGAUAUUUGCGGAGUUCGUUUCCCGUAGAUCCUUGCUUUUUUUUAUGGAAAAAAAUGCCGGUAGUAGCAUGUAAUGCGUGCGAUGGCGGGAAUUUUACUUUCGGUCCAAUUGUCGCGGAAAACAAUGUUUUCGGGUGGGUUUAGUAGUAUGAACAAUUGAAUUUCGAACGCUUUUGAAAAA